AUGGAGGUAGCAGAGGCAUCUUUAGGGACCAACGAUCCUUGUACUACAUCAGUCGAGGAAAGGGAAGAAGACAAGCAAGACCCAUUUCUGCUUGCUGCCGACUUAACCGCACUAGCCUCUAUCCACGCGAAAAAUGCGGAGUCGCUGAGCGCAGAAACGGGCAUGAAACUAGAGUCUAUUCUGAAGGAGUGCGCACGACUAGAAGCAGAAUGUGAAAGGGUACUUGAACAAACGCAGGAACAGGAAAAGCCUCGAGAAGAACCUCCUCAACCUCAGCCGGAGGUUAAGGAGUCCUCACCAAAACAAGCAACUGCAACACCGAGUAGUUACAACAGAGCAUCUGAGCCAGCUCGUUUCGUCCCAAAAGUAACGCGGGUUACGCCGAAGCCGACGAGGCUUUUACCGAAGAAGAAUAACUCCACUCUUCAGGAGAAAACCCACCUUUCUCAAAACCGUGUCGACUGA